AUGCCAAUAAUAUCACCCUUUGAGUCGUCCAUUGCCAAACCAGGCCAAGGCAAAGUCGUUCUAUCUCUCCUUCCUCCUUCGAUCCCGACCCUGACGACCUUGACUUAUAAAUAUCCACUAAAGCUGCUCACGCGCGCCCCCGGCUUCGUGCCCCAGUCCUCCGGGCUGACAAGCUCUUCUCGACCUGUUCAUCUGUAUCUUCUCACGUAUGGCGGAGGUCUUCUACCAGGCGAUCACAUUGAUGUCUCCAUUACGUUGGAUCCCCGCACAAGACUUGUUGUGACUACACCGCAGGGAAGCACCAAGAUCUUCAAGACAGAGCCUACUGCAAGCGUCAAGGGCCAACGUGGAGCACCAGCACGCGCAUUAACAGACAAGAGCCGCCAGCUAGUCAAUGUGCAGAUCGCCAGCGAAGCCGCUCUCUGUUACCUUCCCGACCCAGCUGUGCCCUUCAAGGACAGCCGUUACGAGCAGGUACAAUCAUUCACCGUCGACGGGACAUCAAAAGACUACAAGAGAAGCAGCCUGUGUGUUGUGGAUUGGGUGACGCAGGGCCGCAGCUCACGAGGCGAGAAUUGGGACUUCCAUCUCUGGAAAGGGAAGAACGAAGUCUGGACACACGAUGCCGCAGGCAAGAAGAAGCUACUCCUCCGCGACUCGAUCAUAUUAGACGACGAGAUCGACGCAGUAUGUCUAGAAAAUGACUCAGAAACCUUCAGCCACAACAACUUGAUCCGGGAACGUACGCGGCCCCACGGGAUCAUAGGUACCCUGAUUCUGUACGGUCCUGUGUUUGAGGAUUUAGCGUCGUUCUUUAUGGAUAGGUUCACGUCGCAGCCGCGUAUCGGGGCUCGGAAUUGGUCGUCCUCUGCCCCUGCGGCCGUGGAGAUGCCGCCAAAUGCAGACUCGGAAGUGACCUUUACCGCUGCGCGAGUAAGAGGAGGCUUCGUCCUUGUGAAAUUUGGCGCGAAUGACUUCGAAACGGCCAAGAAUUGGCUCGGUGGUAUUUUACGUGACGAGGGGACCAUUCUCAAGGAGUUUGGAGAAGAGUCUUUGAUGUGUCUGUGA